GGAGAUCUCAAGUAGGGAAGUUGUUUGAGGCGAAGCAUGGAGCGCGCCAAGUGUGGUGGGCUAAGCGGCGCGAAGCGCGAUUUCUGAGCUUCGCGGGCUCUGAAAAGGACGCGGGCGGAGGGGAAACGGGGUUCAUAAAAUGAAUUGUAAAAUUGGAGACCGCUUAACAUAAAACACUUAAUUGCUUCUAUUUCCUUUGGGUUGUUUUUAAAUUGUAAACAAAAGGAUAGUGCUUCUCGGUCUUCUUACCGAAUAUGGCUGAUUCAGGAGGAUGCGGGGUGAGUGCACUAAUGUUCCUGCCUCGACAUCCUGGCCGUCAAUCAACAACGAGCCGUGAAUUUGGUUUGAAGGAGCGUCAAAUCCCGAUUGCUGGAGGACAGCUGAGAAUGAAACCACCAUUUAUUCAGCAUUCAGAAUGAUCCAGGCAGUGUAAUCUCAUUCCAUCUUCACUCAUGAAGUGUCUACAGAAAAGAGAAGUCUCAUUUACCCAAAAGAAUCACCUUUCUGCAAUCUCCAGAGCUGCUGGAAAAACAAGCGAGCCCAAGCCCACCGCCCGCACCUCCCGAGCACCCGGCUCGCCGAUCCCGCCUGCUUCAGGUCGCUGGACUUGCCAGAUAAAGAAGAAGCAGCAGGAUGUGGUUAGAUUUCUGGAAGCCAACAAGAUAGAGUUUGAGGAGGUGGAUAUCACAAUGUCAGAAGAACAGAGGCAAUGGAUGUACAAAAAUGUCCCCCCGGAAAAAAAACCUGCUCAGGGCAACCCCCUGCCACCUCAGAUAUUUAAUGGCGACCGAUAUUGUGGAGAUUAUGACAGUUUUUUUGAAUCCAAGGAAAGCAACACAGUCUUUUCAUUUUUGGGCCUGAAACCACGGUUGGCAUCAAAGGCAGAACCUUAGAGAACAAGAGUGGAAGAUGACGGAGAUGCAUUUUGAAGCACCCACUGGUACUCGCACACACAUGCUUACCUAAUGCAUCACUGUGACAAAAGCCACACGCAUUACCAGUCACUUUGCUUGCCACGGAAAAGAUGUUUAUGAAAGAUGUGGAUAUAAUGAGGAUUGCAUGAUUGCUUUAAACCAAAUCAGGUGGUGGAUUUUUUUUUCUUUCUUAUUUUGCCUGCAGUUGCCUCACUCACCUGGAAAUACUGACACCUGUUACAGGUGUCCUUUCUUGAUGACUGAAAGAUAAGUGGGUAUCAGAGAGAAAAUGUUGGAUCUGCCCUAGGUUAUAGUAGAUGCCAAAAUUGCAUAAACCCACUUCUCUUUAAGCUGCCUGGAUUGUAUCUUUGAAAUUUGUCUGCCAGGCUGUUAGAAUCUUUGAGUCAGAAGGGGAAAAAAAAGCAGCAUUGGUUGAAAAAGGGCAUUGAAAAAUUUGCUGCAGAAUCACUUACAAGCAUCAUGAUUCCCAUGCUUUGUAAUAACACCUGGUGAAAAAGUUUGAUAUUCUAGACUUGUUUUAGUAGUGGAAACUCUUACCCCAUGUAUUAUCCAGGCUCCUCCAGAUGUUUCCAAAAAUCCCUAUUGCAACAUCAAGUGAUCAGAGCUAAGUUACUAGGAUGACAAUAAUUGCUAUUUGAAAUAUAUGCUUCUUUAUUUCUUGCAAGGGGCAAGUUUCACCUAAAUGCCUAAGACUCCUUGAAAGAUAAUAUUUUAAGUGGUGCACUAAUUAGAUAGUAAAUUUAUAGGAAAAUUGUCUGACUAGUAUCUGAAGGCAUUUUCAGCUCUAGCAAUUUGUUUAUAAUACAUAAGUAUUCAUAUAUUUUUUAAUGCAGCUCCCCUAACAGACAGCUGCUGCUUCUAUUUUGUGAAGGGAUUAUAUUUUUUGAGAAAGGAAGAUCUCAGUUAGAUAUAUUUUGUGAACCCUUGGUUAGACAUAUUAAAAUAUACCAAUAUUGUAGUAAAAUUUAGUUUUUCCUUAUGUUACUUUUCAUUUGCCUCUAACUUUGCUUGCUCAUAUUUCUGGCCAAUGUACAGCCUCAGGUUUUUCAGAUUAAUAGAGAUACUUGUUCUGAUUUCAUAUAUGAGCAAAAGUAAGUUUUCAGAGCAAUAUGUAUGAGAAAGAGAGUAACUCAGAAUUGUAUUUGUCAGGAAAAUCUCUACUCUUAUUGGAGUGAUGUUGAUAAACGUCGAACAUGUCUACUACAUUAGAGCAGAGGCUACUUUUCUGCAUUCUUGUUCCUAUAAUAGGGAUGCUUAAUUUAAAAAAAAAAAAAAAACCUAAAGAGUUUUAAAUUGCCAAACAGCCUUGAAUAGAAUAAAUUCUUAGAGGGCUGCCUAAAAUAUUUUAUCCCUAUCAUUCUGAUUCUGGACUUUUCACUAUAACUGUGAGCAGAAAAUCUAUAAGAAAUUGAAAAAGCAGAAGAAUUACAGCCCUGUCACAUGUGUCCUCCCACCCCCACCCCAUGCCUUGCUAAAUGUAGACUAUUCUAAAGAACUUGUUGAAUGCUAAGGCUGAAAUCCGAACCUGAGAUUUGUAGUCCAAAAGGAAAGUGUGAGAGAUUUCUACUUAAUUGGAACAGACACAUGAUCCACAAUUUUCUCUUCAAGGAAAGCUAUUGUCAAAUUAUGGAUAUUACUGGUUAGUUGUCAUUAAGUAAGAUCCAGGUCAAAUUCCAUUUGACAAAUCCCAGGGACUAUCCAGGAAUUUUUUUUUUAACUGGAUAUUGUGUUUGAGUAUGUGAAUCUUCUGAUAAAACUUAGAAUUUCUUUUUAAGCAGUUGUAAAAAUUGUCAUGUUGUAAUUCAUUACUCAACUAAUAUUUAGUCUACUCUUGCUAGUGAUUUCCAGGAACCAACUUGCUAAGGCUGAGGCUUUGCAAUUUAACUGUUGGGGUCAAAGUAUGGAUCAAUAACAUACUUGCUAGACAAAGAAAGCUACCCAGAUUUGUCUCAUAAUUUUUGAGUUAGCCACAGUAUACCUAUUAUGAUUAUAGUAAAAAGACUAGUAGGUAAUAAUACUAAAUUAUCAACACAGUUAUAUAGCAUCUCCCUAUGCCAUUUUUUUUUUGAUGGGCAAAGAAAUACAGGAGACCAGCCAUUGGGUGGUGCUGUACUUGUUAUGAGUGAGGUAGAAGCACAGUGUAUGGCAUUUACAUGGUACCCAGGCUUCUCCGAGUACCAAGAUGUUACCCUCUGGUUAGUUCAGAGAAUAUGGUGUCCUUACCUGUACUCUUUUACCAGUUGAAUUCAAAACAUAUAAUAAUGAUUUUUUUGUUCCUUUCUUUAACUAGCUGCCUUUAGAUUUUGAUAAUCAUAGUCUUAAAAUCCUAGGAAAGAAGAGGAUGAGAAUUGUAGGCACAGAUUUCAUAUCAAGGGCAUUUCAAGAUAGAAUUUUUAUUUCCUGUAGUAGUCUUGUUGGAACAAAGGAAAUGUGCUGCUAAAAAUCAUAUUAUGCCAUUUUUAAAUUAGAUAAAAUACAGAGUGCCAUCCUGCUAGGUGUAUACAGAGAAGAAAAUUUAGUUGGGAAAAUACUUAUUUUUCCAAAUUCUGGUAUUUUAUUAAAAUCAAAGAAGAGAAAAGCAAGAUUUUUUUCACCCUCAGACUCUAAUAUAUUUUAGAUUUGUUUCUGUUUUAUAGAUUUAAUUCAACAUUCCCACAUAGGGUUUUUUAAUAUUACAUGAAUUUAAUAAUAAACUUAUUUUUUUCUCUUGUUUUUGAAAAGUACCAAAGCUUCUUUCUGUUUUGUUUGAUUUUACUAUAGGGUUUUGCUUUUUCUAGAGACACUUUUUAUUUAACAGCUUUUGUUAAUUGUCAGGCUCCACUUUGUUCCGUAUAAUUAUUGUUUUCAGAUUUCAAUUUGUAUGUGUUUGUCUCUUAAGGCAUUGGUGAAAUCUCAGUUUUUAUAUUCAGCAUAAAGGAGAAUAAAUGCCAUAAAACACAUAUUCUGAAAAUGGAGUGUUUGUUCCCUACCAUUUUUAAAACCUCUCUUAAUUUUAGUUUUGUUAUUUGGGAGACUGUGAACCUCAUGCAUGAAAGCUACACAUUAAAUUGUGAAAAUAUAAACAGAUCAUGUGAUCAUUCGAGGAGCCAGGCAUGAAGUCCUGCAUGAGAGUGUUGGGAGGACACCACAGAUUCAUCUCAGAUAGUGAUGAGGACCAAGGAUGGAGUUAAAUUACUCAGCCCUGGGUUGGAUGGGGUGGUUCAAGUGGAUAACUGUGUGGUCUCCUGAGUAUACUGAAACCACAGGCUACUGGUGGCUAUGUUCUCUGAAUUAGUGCAGAAAACAAGGGCAGAAUGACUACGACUCCUAUUACCUUUGAAGCAGCCAUGUCAGAAAGCAGAAGAAAACAACAUUUCUGAAGGCAUCGACUGAGGUUGAUCUCAUCACUGAAAUUUCAAGCCUUAAGCACCAGGACAGGAGGAGGAUGGAGGAAGAGAUGAGAGGGAACAGGCUGUAGGUUUGCAGAAACAUGUGAAACCAUGAAAUCAAAAAAGCAAAAUGAUUAUUGCCUACUUGUGACCCAGAUCUUCAGGGUUUUCCUAGUUCUUCUAGAAAUAUAAGCCAGGUUAGUUUGUUCAUCCUUUCUGUCAGCAUGGAUCAAUCCCCUAAAAUGUGGUAAGUAUUGUCGGAGCAGGACAAUAUCUCUAUUCUCAAGUAUGAGGGGAACAGAAACAAAGCAGUGGUUUUAGCCAGGGCUCAAUGAUAGAGUGGAUAUUAUAGCCUCCAGGCUGUGAUUCACUAUUUAAAACAUUAUAUGUAUUUUUUUUUUUAUAAGAUGUUUGAAUUUUAAGAAAUUUCAUACAUGCAAUGGAAUAUAGAUAGGUAUAUACACAUAUAACAUAUAUGCUAAAGUAUAAAGAGUCAUAAUAAUAAUAAACAAACCCCUGUGUGCCUACCACCCACCUUACUGCCUUUUGUUUGAGGUACCGAGUAUUCUUUCCUGAACCUAUCUCUAUCCCUGUCUGAUAGAGGGAGCCCCUAUACUGAACUUUGUGUUGAUCAUACACUUCUUGUCCUUCAUCACUUUAUCUCCAUGUAUGUGUCCAUAAAGCAUAAUAAGUUGUAAUUAAAGUGAA